ACCCCUCCCCGCCCGGAGCCCGGAUGAAGAGUAACGCCAUUACAGCCGGAGCCGCCGAGAACCCUUGCGGACGGGAACCGGACGCCGGAGCGGCCGCGCUAUGAAGUCCCUCCCCCGCCUGCUGCUGCUUUUCCUGCUGGUGUUACCCGCCACUCUCUUGCUCCGAGGCCACCCUGGAGGCUCAUUGGCAGCGGCUCAAGAUCUUACAGAAGAUGAAGAAACGGUGGAAGAUUCUGUAAUUGAAGAUGAAGAUGAUGAAGCAGAAGUGGAAGAAGAUGAACCCACAGAUUUGGCUGAAGAUAAAGAGGAAGAAGAUGUAUCUGGUGAACCUGAAGCUUCACCAAGUGCAGAUACAACCAUCCUGUUUGUGAAAGGAGAAGAUUUUCCAGCAAAUAACAUUGUGAAGUUCCUGGUAGGCUUUACAAACAAGGGUACAGAGGAUUUUGUCGUUGAAUCUCUAGAUGCCUCCUUCCGUUAUCCUCAGGACUACCAGUUUUAUAUCCAGAAUUUCACGGCGCUUCCUCUGAACACUGUAGUGCCGCCCCAGAGACAGGCGACUUUUGAGUACUCCUUCAUUCCCGCGGAGCCCAUGGGAGGGCGGCCCUUUGGUCUGGUCAUCAAUCUGAACUACAAAGAUUUGAACGGCAAUGUUUUCCAAGAUGCUGUCUUCAAUCAAACAGUUACAGUUAUUGAGAGAGAAGAUGGACUAGAUGGAGAAACAAUCUUUAUGUAUAUGUUCCUUGCUGGUCUUGGGCUUUUGGUGGUGGUUGGCCUUCAUCAACUCCUAGAAUCUAGAAAGCGCAAGAGACCCAUACAGAAGGUAGAGACGGGGACCUCGAGUCAGAGUGAUGUUGACAUGAGCUGGAUUCCUCAGGAAACUUUGAAUCAGAUCAAUAAAGCUUCACCAAGAAGGUUGCCCAGGAAACGGGCACAGAAGAGAUCGGUGGGAUCUGAUGAGUAAAUGUUCUUUGUGCAACAAUUCGGUCUUUACUUAACCCGCCCUAAUGUUUUUCGGCCUGCUGGGAAUUAUUAGUGCAGAGAAGCCGUAUCACCACAGAAGGCAACUACUACUCAAGUGUGGACUGAGCAAUCAGAGUCUGUGGUGAUAACAUUGCUGAAAAUGCACUGCAUUUAUUUUUCUAAAGUAACAAAUUUGGUUUUUUUAAAACCAUUAAAAUCUAUGUGAGUGUGUGUGUAUGUAUGUGAGCAGUUGGUCUUACCAGAAUCAUUGUUGAACUAUCUGAAGCAUGCCUUUAGAAUACUAAAUAUAAUGCUAUUGUCUCUUCCUUUUGGACAUUUUCUGGCAUUUUCCCCCAAAACUCAGCAUUUGCCUGGUAUGACUGUAGAUGUCCUGCCUUGGACUGUUUUUAAAGAAAACAAUGUUUCUUCUUUAGAAUAGCGCAAAUCCAGCUUGAUGGAACAAAUUUGCAUGUUGUUGCUGUUUUACAACUAGUAUUCUAAAGGCACGAGCAGGCGUAGCUGCUUUUUAGCAGUAGAGCUGUUUUGGUAUUUUGCUGCUGUUUACUAUAUAGCGCAGCUUCCGAAACCUUCCCAAAUAAGUUCAAGGAAUUUGGGGAUCUCUAGCACCAAAAUUAUGAACAUGAAUAUUCUGGUUUUGAUAUAUAAAACCAACUUCACUCUUUUUUUUUUU